AUGAGCAGCGGCGAGAAUGAAAAUCGGCCAAACGUAACACAAUACACCAAGACUGUCGAGUUUGUGGUCAAAUACCAUUUCGGACAAUCCACGCCGGAUCAUUAUCUGCCGUAUGAGGACGACGAUGAUGCAGGGUCGAGCGAAGAGGAGCUGGAUACCGUUGAGUUCACGCCAACCAGUGCUGAUGCGACCUCGCUUGUGCCCGAGACACCGACGCCUACAUCUCAUAUCAACGAGGUGCAUAUCGAGCUCUGA